ACAGCAGCUCCAACAACUACAGCUGUUCCAACUACAACUGUCCUUCCUAUCACAACCACAGCUGCUCCAACCACAACAACAGCUGCUCCUACAACAACCACAGCUGCUCCAACCACAACUACAGCUGUUCCAACCACAACAACAGCUGCUUCUACAACAACCACAACUGCUCCAACCACAACUACAGCUGUUCCAACUACAACUGUCCUUCCUAUCACAACCACAGCUGCUCCAACCACAACAACAGCUGCUCCAACUACAACAACAGCUGCUCCAACAACAACAGCUGUUCCAACCACAACAACUGUCCUUCCAACCACAACAACAGCUGCUCCUACAACAACAACAGCUGCUCCAACCACAACUACAGCUGCUCCAACCACAACUACAGCUGCUCCAACCACAACUACAUCUGCUCCAACCACAACUACAGCUGCUCCAACCACAAUUACAGCUGCUCCAUCCACAACAACAGCUGCUCCUACAACAACCACAGCUGAUCCAACCACAACAACAGCUGCUCCUACAACAACCACAGCUGAUCUAACCACAACAACAGCUGCUCCUACAACAACCACAGCUGCUCCAACCACAACUACAGCUGCUCCAACCACAACUACAGCUGCUCCAACCACAACCACACCUGCUCCAACCACAACUACAGCUGCUCCAACCACAAAUACAGCUGCUCCAUCCACAACCACAGCUACUCCAACAACAACUACAGCUGUUCAAACCACAACAACUGUCCUUCCAAUCACAACCACAGCUGCUCCAACCACAACAACAGCUGCUCCUACAACAACUACAGCUGCUCCAACCACAACCACACCUGCUCCAACCACAACCACAACAACAGCUGCUCCAACUACAACAACAGCUGCUCCAACCACAUCUACAGCUGCUCCAACCACAACUACAUCUGCUCCAACCACAACUACAGCUGUUCCAACCACAACUGUCCUUCCAAUCACAACCACAGCUGCUCCAACCACAACAACAGCUGCUCCUACAACAACCACAGCUGCUCUAACCACAACAACAGCUGCUCCUACAACGACCACAGCUGCUCCAACAACAACAACAACUGUCCUUCCUAUCACAACAACAGCUACUCCAACCAUAACUACAGCUGUUCCAACCACAACUACAGCUGCUCCUACAACAACCACAGCUGCUCCUACAACAACCACAGCUUCUCCAACCACAACUACAGUUGUUCCAACAACUGUCCUUCCAAUCACAACCACAGCUCCAACCACAACAACAGCUGCUCCUACAACAACCACAGCUGCUCCAACUACAACAACAGCUGCUCCAACUACAACAGCUGCUCCAACCACAACUACAGCUGUUCCAACCACAACAACUGUCCGUCCAACCACAACAACAGCUGCUCCUACAACAACAACUGUCGUUCCUAUCACAACCACAGCUGCUCCUACAACAACCACAGCUGAUCCACCUACAACAGCUGCUCCAACCACAACCACAACUACAGCUGUUCCAACCACAACAACUGUCCUUCCAAUCACAACCACAGCUGCUCCAACCACAACAACAUCUGCUCCUACAACAACUACAGCUGCUCCUACAACAACCACAGCUGCUCCUACAACCACAGCUUCUCCAACCACAACUACAGUUGUUCCAACAACAAUAACUGUCAUUCCAACCACAACCACAUCUGCUCCAACCACAACAACAGCUGCUCCUACAACAACAGCAGGCCCUCCGACCACAACUACAGCUAAUCCAAUCACAACUACAGCUGUUCCAACAACAACAACUGUCCUUCCAAUCACAACCACAGCUGCUCCAACCACAACUACAGCUGUUCCAACAACAACAACUGUCCUUCCAACCACAACAACAGCUGCUCCUACAACAACCACAGCUGCUCCAACAACAACUACAGCUGUUCCAACCACAACUACAGCUGCUCCAACCACAACUACAGCGGUUUCAACCACAACAAAAGCUGCUCCAACCACAACAACAGCUGCUCCUACAACGACCACAGCUGCUCCAACAACAACAACAACUGUCCUUCCUAUCACAACCACAGCUGCUCCAACCACAACAGCUGCUCCAACCACAACUACAUCUGUUCCAACAACAAUAACAUUCCUUCCAAUCAUAACCACAACAGCUGCUCCAACCACAACAACAGCUGCUCCUACAACAACCACAGCUGCUCUAACCACAACAACAGCUGCUCCUACAACGACCACAGCUGCUCCAACAACAACAACAACUGUCCUUCCUAUCACAACAACAGCUACUCCAACCAUAACUACAGCUGUUCCAACCACAACUACAGCUGCUCCUACAACAACCACAGCUGCUCCUACAACAACCACAGCUUCUCCAACCACAACUACAGUUGUUCCAACAACAACUGUCCUUCCAAUCACAACCACAGCUCCAACCACAACAACAGCUGCUCCUACAACAACCACAGCUGCUCCAACUACAACAACAGCUGCUCCAACUACAACAGCUGCUCCAACCACAACUACAGCUGUUCCAACCACAACAACUGUCCGUCCAUCCACAACAACAGCUGCUCCUACAACAACCACAGCUGCUCCAACCACAACCACAACUACAGCUGUUCCAACAACACUUCUCCAACCACAACUACACUGCUCCUACAACAACACUGCUCCAACCACAACUACAGCUUUUCCAACCACAGCCACAGCUGCUCCAACCACAACUAUAGCUGUUCCAACCACAACCACAGCUGCUCCAACCACAACCACAGCUGCUCCAACCACAACAACAGCUACUCCUACCACGACCACGGCUGCUCCGACCACAACAACUGCUGCUCAGACAACAACCACAGUUACUCCAACCACAGCCACAGCUGCUUCAACCACAAACACAGCUGCUCCAACCACAACAACAGCCGCACCUACCACGACCACUGCUGCUCCUACCACAACUACACCUGUUUCAACUACAACCACAGCUGUUCCAACCACAAGUAUAACACCUACAACUACAUCAACAGUUGCUCCAACCCCAACUACAACUGCUACAACCACAACAGCUGUGCCAACCAAAACUAUAACCCCUACAACCACAGCAAUAACUCCUACUAAUGCAACAUCAGUUGUUCCAAACACAAGUACAACUGCUACAACCACAACAGCUGUGCCAACCAAAACUAUAACCCCUACAACCACAGCAAUAACUCCUACUAAUGCAACAUCAGUUGUUCCAAACACAAGUACAACUGCUACAACCACAACAGCUGUGCCAACCAAAACUAUAACCCCUACAACCACAGCAAUAACUCCUACAAAUGCAACAUCAGUUGUUCUAAACACAAGUACAACUGCUACAACCACAACAGCUGUGCCAACCAAAACUAUAACCCCUACAACCACAGCAAUAACUCCUACCAAUGCAACAUCAGUUGUUCCAAACACAAGUACAACUGCUACAACCACAACAAAUGUUACAACCACAGCUCCAACAAUAAUCACAGCUGCUCCAACAGUAGUCACAGCUGAUCCAAGCAAAACCAGCGCUGCUAUAUUCCCAGCUACAGCUGCUCCACCAACAUCCACAGCUAAUCAGACAGCCUCCCCUACUGUGGCAACUACUAUACAAGCUGAAGCUCCUGCUGUAUAUUUUGUUGUUGCAGCAACUGUUUUUGAGCCAUACGUUGAACAACUUCAGGAUAAACAAAGUAAAGAGUUUGUGGCUCUUGAGAAAAAAGUCAUUGCAGCAUACAACCAAAUCUACACGAAAAGAUUUGGAGCCCUUUUCAUCGGUAGUUUUGUCAUCACGUUCAGGGUUUCUAGCUCCAUAAUACGAAUGAAUGCUACAGAAGUAGAGGUGGGGGUGGAGUUUAAUAAAACAACACCACUCGAAGAACUCCCAAAAAAUGAAGUUGUACGAGAAGCCUUAGUACAGGCUAUAAACACCACUAAUGUCACCUUCAAUGUCACGUUUCAACCUGGCUCCGUCCAAAUAAUUCGCACACCUUUGCCAACCACAGACCCUGCUUCAAAUUCUACAGUUACUGCCAUCACUGCAGCUGCAAAUGCUACAAGCAACACUUUGACUACCAUUACAAAUACUACAACAGCUUUGACAAACACUACUACAACUACUGCAGCUAAACUAACCACCACUUCCACAACCACCACCUCAACAACUACCACUACUGCAGUUAAACCCACAACCACAACUACAACAGUGGAGUCAACAAUAACAAGGCGGCUGAUCUUUAGGUCUGCUGGAGAGACCUUCACACAAGAUUUGCUCAACCCAUCAUCAACAGCAUUCAUAAAUCGAGCUGCACUUUUAAAGUCCAAUCUUGAACCACUUUUCCAGCGAACGUUUUCAUCACUACGCGCUUUUGUUGUUAUUUUUUUCAGCAAUGGGUCAAUCAUCAACUACGUGGAUCUUCGAUUUUCACCAGCAUUUGUUCCUACUGAAACCCAAAUUAUUGAAGUUUUGGUCAAUAAAACUUCACACAUCACAGCUUUCAACAUUGACACCAGUUAUAUUGUUGUGGAUGGCAUACAAAUGUCAAGUGGAAUAAGCCACAAGAUCAGCCUCAUCACUGCAUUCAUCAUGGUCCUGUUGUCAUGGCUUCUGUCAAGUCAUCAAUAACGUCUCUGCUGGUUUUCAUCGGAAAAUCUGCUGCGAGAUGUUAACUAUUACUCAUAUAAACAGGAUGUUGUUCUAAUUGGAAACCAAGAAUUACUCCUAAAAUUAAACUUUAAAACAUUUAUUUAAACUUGAUUUCAUAGAACAAAGGGUUUGUUUAGUUAAAAUGUCGGGCUUUUCAAACUUGCUCAUGUCAGUUUUGUUUUAUUUAUUUAUGCAAAAUUAACUAUUAUGUAACAGUUAUAUAAUUUAUCAUCUUUAAACGUAAACAUGAAGGUAGUUUCUUAAGGAUUAUUUAGUUUUGUGACUGAUCAUGCAAUCCUUAAGAUUUCUCUCUCAGUGAACAUUAUAAGGUAAACCAGAUGUAAGCUGUCAAAGGAAUGUCCCGCAUGAUCGUUCAGUUUUUAUUUUGUAUUUAAUGUAUUUAUAACACAAAAUAUUCUAUAUUCAGUAUUCUGUAAAGCAUUCCGCCUAUUAUUUCUGCUAUUAUUUCUGUAUAACUAUUAAUAUAAUAAAGAUCAUUUGAAAAAGUAAA